AUGGCUGACACAGAAUACAACGCCGAGGAGGCUGCCGCUCUUAAGGCAAAGAGGGCGUUCCGCAAGUUCUCGUACCGUGGUGUCGACCUUGACCAGCUUCUGGACCUUGGCUCAGAAGAGCUCCGUGAUCUCGUCCACGCCCGUGCCCGCCGUAGGUUCAACCGCGGUCUCAAGCGCAAGCCCAUGGGUCUCAUCAAGAAGCUCCGGAAAUCGAAGCAGGAGGCCAAGCCCAACGAGAAGCCCGACCUCGUCAAGACCCACCUCCGUGACAUGAUCGUUGUUCCCGAGAUGAUCGGCAGCGUCAUUGGUGUCUACUCUGGAAAGGAGUUCAACCAGGUCGAAAUCAAGCCCGAGAUGGUUGGCCACUACCUCGGAGAAUUCUCCAUCUCAUACAAGCCCGUCAAGCACGGAAGGCCCGGUAUUGGUGCCACUCACUCUUCCCGUUUCAUUCCCCUCAAGUAA